AUGGAUGCGAGGUCACAGUCUGUCGAAGACUUUGACCGCGAAAGCAGUAGUAGCAGUAGCACCAACACCGACAACAACCAUCUCGCACCUACUUCCAUGGAGCGGACCAGCAGUACAAACACCAUAAAGUUUCGUAACAACUACGAUGCGCUGUUAAAAGAAGUGCUAGAAGAGACUUCUGAAGACGAAGACGAAGACCUUUUAAACAACAUUGACAUUGACAUUGACAUUGAUACCGCUACAGCCGAACUGCCUGACGAACUUCGUGCAGCACUGGAAGAUCGGCAAAUUGCGGACAAGUAUCUCGCUACUCUCAAAAAUUAUAUGAGCCAUCGCCGAUCGCACUCACUUGGCUCAACCACCAGUCUCAAGGGCGACUACUCGAGCCCCAAUACCCCGAUACAGCCAACGUUUUCGCAUCAUCAACAGCCAAAACCAUUUUUUCGUGCACAACCCGACCCACUUUCUAGAAUUCUCGAUGCUGUGCCUUAUCAUACCCGUCUUGUCAAUGGUGUCCAACCCUUGACCGUACUCGAGCAAAAGUUUCAUGCGCUACGUAUUCCCGAACUUGAUUUACCAACCGUCGCGGACGGCAUUAUCCAAUCGCGUCUUGGCGACCUAUACAAAAUACAAGACGAACUUAAUAUCCACCUACACGGCGGUCCGCUCGUGAAAAAUACCAGCAUGGCGUAUAAGAUCGGUGAAAAGAAGAAGCAUAAAGUCAUGAAUCUACUGGAUGAAAUUAGCAAAGAAAUAGGCCUCUACGAAGAAUUUGUAAAGCGAGCACACUAUUUGACGCUGGAGAGUAUUUUGAAUGAAGUGGAUAGUGGUGAUGAAGAAUAUUACCCUGAGGAUAAUGAGACUAUGUUGACCGAUUCGAGUCUGAAUCAUUUCGAAUCGUCUUCGGAUAUAUCACGCGCAACACCAGGCACUCCGGUUUCACCAGCAACAUUCUCGCCUACACCUUCAGCUAUCACAUCCAAAACGCCUCGACGAAUUUCAUCUAAUCCAGCUCUCUCCUUAUCGGCUGAGCAGCAAGCAAAACUGACUAACGCAGUAGUCAUGCGAUCCGCUUCUGAACAAGAUAACCGAAGUGUAUCUCGACAAUCUUCAGAAUUCGGUACAUUUGCUUCUGAUCGAUCACCUUCUGUAUCGCUUAAUGUUGAGGAUGUCGAACCUUGGGAGGCAUUUAAAUGGACGUCCCUUAAAAAGAUAUCGGAUCAAUUGUAUGCUGAUGAGAUGAGACGACAUAAUGGCCUUGUAUCAGUAGUAGCCGUAAGCGGCGUAAUAGCAAUUGGCACUACUCGAAGUUUGGUGUUCGUGUAUGACUAUUCGCAAAACUUAAAGUGUAUUUUGGGCGACAGUGCACGGGCUGUGGAGAUCGGCUCCGUGACAUCUCUGGCAAUAUCUGCAGACCACACAACAAUCGCUUCUGGCCAUAGUCAGGGCUACAUUGUAGUGUGGGAUAUCAACAAGCCUGCCAAUCCAGUUCGAAUCAUCGAUCCAAUACCAGCCAGCCAGGCAACAAAGUCAUUAAAUGCUCAGCAACAUCAACAACAACAAACGCUACGAAAAGAAGGUCAUGUUAAAGGAGCAGCGAUUCUUCAUAUCGGAUUUGUUGGUGUGAAAAAAUCCGAUAUUGUAUCAGGAGACGACCAGGGCAUGGCCUUUUACCAUGUAUUAUACAAGGUUGUAAUGGUAAAUGCUGUCGACACUACGCGUAUCCUCGGUCGGUAUCAGAACCUUUCAUUUCCUGGACUGGACAAUGGAGGCAUGGGCGAAAUGCCAAAGCCGAGAAGACCCAGCACCGUGUUUGCCAUGCAGCCGCUGCCUUUGGGUCAAAUAGCCCAUCCCGCAGAAAAUUUUGGUCUCGUAGCUUUGCUUACGCCUUACAAAAUGAUCAUUGUUGGUCUCAAACCGACGCCUCAGACCCAGUACAAAUAUUUGAAACCUAAAGGCGCUCCAGCAAUCACAACCUCGUCGACCGCCGAGAAUAACAACGACCAUCCAGACGCUGAAUCCAGGCAACAACAAUCACAGCAACAGCAGCAGCAAGAAACGAGGGACGAGCAAUUUGGCAACAAAACGCCCAGCGAGAAUCUCGCGGGAUGUCUGGCUUGGCUUCCAGUGAUGAAAUCGGAUAUAUCAGGCGAGUCAACUGGCGUCAAAGAUAAGGGUGCCAAACCUACUACCGCACCUAAUGAUCCUAUGCUGGCUUUUUCGUGGGGAAACCAUCUACUUAUUCUUCGCGUCGGAAUCGAGAGUCCAGAUGGCCCCCAUGCGCCGGUUCGAGGUGCUCGCAACACAAGCAGUAAUAAGAACAAGCGUGGAAGCAAGCUGGAAUUUGUAAAAUAUGGCGAACACAAAUGUCGGGACGUGAUUGUCGGUCUGCAAUGGAUUAACAGACAGAUUUUGGUUCUUAUAACACCCAAUGAAGAGAUGAUACUCUUUGAUCCGAAAAAUAUGGUUGAGACCGAAAGAGCCAGUAUUCGAAACAAACAACUUGUCUACCAUGAUCGUUUUAAUUCACCGUUGGGCGACCUGGUGACCGAAACUACUACGGCUCCUGCUCAAACGCAGCAACUUCAACAGCAGUCAGGUCUUGGUAUCAAUGACGUGUUUACGCCAUACAGGACUGUUGAAAUGGCAUACUAUCAUUCGAUAAGGGCCUAUAAAGGAAAACUUUUCUUAUUGGGACUGAACAAACUUUAUAUCGGUGCACUGCUGUCUUGGGCAGAUCGGAUAAUUGCUCUUGUUCGCGCUGGCGACUUUUUAGAAGGCAUUGAGCUUGCGACACUCUUCUACAACGGCAGAUAUACCCAGACCGUUGUUGGUUUACCCGAAGACGAGAAAGCUCGCAAGUACACGGUGGGCGAGAAACUGAAAGAGCUAUUGGAUGCAUCCCUGAACUAUACUUUCUCACCUACACGAACGUACGAAGGUAUGGCUGACGAGGCUGCUGAUGGCGUCGGUGGCGGCGGUGGUGCUGUCUUAUUCAAAGACCUUGCCUCUGGAUGCACAAAGGCGUGUCUCUCGAUGGAUAAUCUGGAGUACUUGUUCGAUGUGGCCUACGAACGAUUUGUCGAGUCAGAUGUGCGUGGUAUCUUCCUCGAAGUCUUGGAACCGUAUAUUCUGCAGGACAAGGUAUCGGAUAUUCCACCUGCUGUCAUGAAGGAUCUGGUGAACCAUUAUUGUUCCAAACGCAUGUUGGCACAGCUGGAACAAAUUAUUUGGCACGUGAACCCACAAUGUCUGGAUAUCGAUCAAAUCGUAAGCGUCUGCCAUCGAGAAGGACUCUAUGAAGCAAUGAUGUAUGUAUGGAACAGAAGCAUGGAUGACUACGUCAGCCCUGUGGUGGAAAUGCUCAAAGUGAUUCGAUCCGUGAUUAAAGAUGAGAGCACAAGGCUUGCCGUGUCCCAAGAAUUCAAUCAUUAUCCCACCGGUGAGCGCACGCGUCUCACGAGUGCUGCUAGUGGUAGCACAAUGGAGUUGGUUGUAGACGAGCCAGAGGAGAUCACAACUAGUCCUCGGAAAAGUGCAGAAAAGCUGUUUGACUAUUUCAAGCUUAUCCUCACAGGACGGACAUUCCCGGAUGGCUUACCCAUGGCUACUUCAAAAGCAAACGAAGCACGAAGCGCUGUUUACUCUUUCGUGUUCUCCGGACGCUGUGUCAUCUGGCCAAAAAUUGGUGGUAGUCUGGUAUUAACUGCGGACGACGAUGAUCAAAUGUCCGAGCCAACAUACCCGUACCUACGUCUACUUCUACGAUUUAGCACCAAGAAAUUCUUAGAAGCACUGGAGAUCGCAUUCGAGGAUCCAUGGCUGAACGGCGGUGAAGAUAUUUUGACUUCAACAUUAGAGGAGGAUCUGCAAGGAAAGGUCAUUUCGCGCCAAAUCAUUGUGAACACCCUUUUGGACGUCAUGGGAGGAGGACACUCAGGCAACGGACUUCCACUUCCCCCUCCACGACCAAAACAGUCGAUAUCCGCAUCGACCGUGCACUCUUUCAGCAACCACGGAACGAGUUCGACCAACACGACAGUGGAUCGCGAAAACGAAAGCCUAAUACAGCUUUAUAUGUUUAUCGCUUCCAAUCUUCACAAGUACACGACAUUUAUCCUAUUACCGCCAACCACACUGCAUAACAUUCUUGUCCGUUUAUCUGACGAUCACGACCCCAACACACGACAAGAGCGCCAAGCAGCCGUUCAAAGUCUGCUCACAGUAUACAAGCCCAUGAAUCCGGAUCAAAUGGUUUCUUACUACGAAGAUGCAGGGUUCUGGCAAGUUUUGGAAAGCGUUUAUCGACGUGAAAAGAAAUACGGCAAGCUCGUAGAGGCGAAUCUCAAGGAUGAUGAACGACGGACAGAAGUUUUUGAUACCGUGUACCGAUUGCUGGAUGAACGAUCGGAUUUGAAUGACAAGAAGCGAAGCGAAGUCAAGAGCAUUUUCAUGAUCCGGAUAUCACAGUUCGUUGAAAUAGACGGACAGAAAACAGCUGAGAUCGUGGAGGCGUUUUUUAACAGCAGCCAUGAGGAGGCUGUUCGUCGGUUAGAAGAAGAUCAAGAGUUCGACGACGAGGAGUAUCACGACACGGCCAAUCAACGUGUCUUCCUGUACCUUCGCGGCUUACUAGAACCAGCUACAGACGUGGACGAGAUGGAAAAGGCAGCAGCGACCAACAAGGUGUAUGCGCCUCCGGCAAUACCUAAUGUCAGCACAUCCAUCCACGAACGAUAUCUCGAGCUUAUGUGCCGCUUCGACCCCUCCGGAGUAUACGACUACCUCAAUACCAAGCUCGUGAAUGACGUGAAUCUAGACGCUGUGCUAAAGAGCUGCGAAGAGUACGAAGUCAUUGAUGCGGUGGUAUGGAUUAUGGAAAAGAGCGGCAAUACUCAAGGCGCGUUGGAGAAGAUGCUCAGUGUAGCAAAAGAAAAAGUAGAGGCGAUACUACAGAUAAUUCGAGAUCACACUCAUGCCAAGAGUGUGUGGACGUUUGAAGAGCAAGGUGUUGUCAGCAGCUGCCUUAUCGGCUUAAAUGGCGUACUACGAGUUGGAACACGAUUAUGCGAAAACAGCAGCAACAGCCACUCUGCUGCCGACGAACACGACGAUCAUGUCGAGUCGCUAUGGUUCCGCCUACUUGAUUCAUAUGUCGAGUCUUCAAUCGAGGUACUUAAUGCGCUGACCGCAGCAACUAAACCACGAGGGUUACAGCAACACAUUGUCUCGUCCUUCAAAUCGUUGGUACAGUCCAUCUUAACGCAUCUCCUACUAUCGACUUCUCCACAAGUAUCGUUGCCACGGCUAUUGUCAAGGCUCAUCGAGUCUCAGGCACGAGGUGAAAACACCUUUGCAGAUUUUCGCGAUAUCUUCCGAAGCAUGCUGGACACGUACAAAUACGAAGGAAAACUCCUAGAAAUGACCAAUCGACUUUUUGACCGAGAUCUCUUCAAAGGCGUUGAAGAUAUGGUGCGCGGUAAAGGACGAGGAUGGCGGCCACGGCGCGCUGUCUGCGACAUCUGCGGUGAAGGUAUCCUCGAUAUCUCGCUUUUGGAGCAACCAUUGGCUUGGAAUCUGGAUGAUGAUGAAGACGACAACGAUGAGAGCAAGGUUAAGGUCAUUGAAGAUGCUGGUAAAGACGGUGACGACGCGGAUGCCGAAAAGUCAGGCAAAGAACAGCCGCUAGAUGUACAGAAUAAUAGGGAUAUCAUGGUAUUCCGCUGCACUCACGCCUAUCAUCGACAAUGUCUCGAGUCAACGCGACAGUCAAGUGGCGAGGAUCGAUGGCAAUGUGUUAUCUGUCACCAUGGCGAAACUGCAAAAGAAGACCAGCAACAAGUGCGACUGCAGGAACAGCAGCAGCGACAACAGCAAAGCAAUACCGAUGAAGAAGUACAAGAGCAAGUCCAGGAACAAGAGCCACCACCGCCACCUAAAAAGGAGAGCAAGGGGAAGGAGCGUGCAGUAGUAUCACCUCAUUAA